AUCUCCAAGGUGCUAGAGCAGUGGAAGCCUAGAUUCCCCAGUAUACUUGAAGAUAUCCUCGCAGCCGAGGUUCCUCCCAAUGUCGGGGCUCUCUGCAGCUGUGGUAAAGCGGUUGCCGACGUUCGAUGUCGUGACUGCCUGCGCGAGGCCUUGCAAUGCUCACAUUGUCUUGUCGACUCACAUCGAUUCAGCCCUUUCCACUGGAUCGACCGCUGGAACGGUCGCUGUUUCGAGAAACAAGAUUUGGGCGAAGUCGGGUUCGUGUUUUACUUGGGGCAUGACGGACUUGCGUGCCCCUGUCUGCGACCUGCGGACGCUCCCGUAGUCUACACCGUCACCCAUAGCAACGGCAUUCAUCGAGUGCCCAUCCACGAGUGCCGUUGUCCCUGCGCUCUUGACAGCGUCUCGCAGCUCCUCCGCGUCAGCCUCUUUCCAGCCACUCUUGAGCGCCCCGAAACUGCCUUCACCUUCGACGUUUUGCGCCAGUGGGAUCUCCACUUCCUGACAUCGAAGAAGGGUACCUACGACUUCUACGAAGCAUUGCGGCGUCUCACGGACAAUUCAGGCACGCGCCCCCAGAAGAACCGCUAUCGAGAGCUCAACAUAGCUGGCCGCAUUUGGCAGCACCUGGCAGCGCUCAAGCGCUCGGGGCUCCACCAUGGUCUCUUUCUUCCCAAUCGACCCGAGUCCGUCGCCGUCCCCUGCUUCGCUUGUCCAUGGCCCGGUUUUAACAUGCCUCCCAAUUGGCGGGACACGCCUCCUGAGCUAGGGUACAUACAUGCCUGUGAAUUGGGGGGUGAUGGGAAUCAUGGGCUACAGAAGAAACGCAAGCGCGACGACCCGGCUGACACCAGUCUCAGCGAGGGCAAGGGUUUCUUCGUACACCCGGAGAAGAUGAAGAAAUACUUGGAGGAGAUCAGUUCUGAGCCCGCCCCGGAGACCUGCAGCGGAUUCAAAGUCGGCCGAGCACAGCGCCCGGGCAAAUUCCGCAACCUCGAGAUCAGUGGUGUCGUCGCAGUGAUCUGCAUCCGGCAUGGCUGCUUCAGGCCCGGGGCCAUGGUCGAUUUGCAAAAGGGCGAGAGGUCAGUCCGAUUGCUGUGA